CAUCGGUCUACAUAAUCUUGAAAGUUGGAAACACACACACACACACACACACACAAACACGUCCCUAUUUUGGGGGCCCUUCAUUUUUAUAUUUUUGGUGUCUCUUUCCAAUCUUCUCUUUUUGUUGCAUACUUGUGUUUGUUUGUUCUUUGUCUCCAAAUCUUCCGUUACACUUUUGAUUACUCUUAAAUGUCAACCUCAUCAUCUUCAUCUUCCGAACAAGAAGAAGCCGGACCCCGCGGCGGCGCCGCCGGCGGAGAGUUUGAUCAAGGGCCAUCAUCUUCACGUAGUAGGAUUCGGUGGAGCAAUGAGGUUUGGCCGGAGCCUUUUCUUGAAGCUCUCGCUUUCCAACUCGCCGUCGAUGCUUCCCUCUCCCUCGGCCGCCUCGCCGCCGCCCAUGCUCUUUUCAAUAUUUUUCAGGUUUCUACAACGUGGCAAGCGAUAUCACGCUCCGAUCUCCUGUGGCGGAACCUCACGCAACGUAUAUGGAACGUCGGCGGCGACGACCUCAUCCGCGCCACGUGGCGGGAGGAGUACAUCUACCGACACCGGACCGCCAGCAAUUUCCGGUCCCGGAGGUACACGUACACCACCCUACAUUUCGUGCCGACGGAUAACAAUAACAAUAACAACAACGACGGCCUCUCUUGCCGCCGUCUGGCGCUCUCCGGCCGCUACAUUGCUGCGGGAUUCUCCGAUGGGGCGGUCCACCUCUUCCGCCUCUCAACCGGGGCCCACAUCUCCACGUUCUACCCGCAGCACCGCGACCGCCUCGGUCGAUUCUCCAGCGCUGUCUCGGGGAUCGUGUUGUCCGACUCCCGUCUUGUGUUUGCCACCCUUGACGGCGACAUUCACACUGCGGUGGUGGGCGGCGAUGGGGCGGCACCUCUGAGGAGAGCGCAUUUGGGCGAUGUGGUGAACGACGGUGCCCUAGUUGAUUUUGCCGGCGGCGAUCAGUGGUGGGUUGGCCUCUUCGCAGGUGUUCCCGGUCACGCAUUUCACAUAUGGAACGGACAAACGGAAGAGCUAGUGUUUGUCGGCGGCACACUAACCGAUCCGGAGGCGGUAAUGGGGUGGCACCUACUAACCGAAUUAACCGAUCUCAUCGGCCGCGUCCGGGUGACCGGCCGCGGCACCACCGCCCUGGCGUGCACAAGCCUCCGGGCGGUGGCGUUCGACUUGCAAAACCAAGGGGUAGUAUUGGCGGAGGAGGAGUUCCGGCGGGGAGUGGUGGUGGGAUCGUUCGACGCCGCCAACGCCUCGGCGGUGGUGGCCGACGUGCGCGGCGGCGCCACCGUGCGCCGGGUGGAUGACUUGGCGGAGGUGUGUCGGUUUAGCGUGAGGGGUGCCGCCGGAGCGCAAGGGGAGGUGUUGGGGUGUGUGAAUGGAGGGUUUGGUGUAGUAUGGGGUGGGGGAAUAAUUAGGGUUUGGGAGAUAGAAUUAUAUGGUCAAUAUUUGUAUAGUUUUAGAGAGGGAAUUGGAAUUUGCAAUGCCCUAAUUGCAGAUGAAAGAUAUGUGGCUGCUUGCUCUUCUGAUGGUACUAUACAUUUGUGGGAUUUUGGGGCUCAAUAAUUUAUUUAGGGUUUU